CAACCGAAAUCAAUAGUACUACAACAAGUAGGUAUUUGAGUUUGACAGGGGGACUUUUCCCUCCCCAGUCGAAUUCACCUCAUACCUUGACGUUACUAGGCUGUUGUUUACCGCGAGGUGUCGCCGAGAAACGUCGGCUGUUGACUGUUAAGUGGAUUAUUUUGCUCGGAGCGGAUUGCAGCCAUGAUGGCGUCAAGCUACAACGCCAAGGAGGAGGACGGACACCAUUCGGGCGCUGCGAGUCACGGCGGGCCAGCGGUGGCGAAAAGCAAAAAGCCGGACAACACUGCGUUCAAGCAGCAGAGACUUCUCGCCUGGCAGCCCAUCCUUACCGCAGGCACCGUGCUCCCUGCCUUCUUCGUUAUUGGUAUCUUCUUCCUCCCCAUUGGCAUUGGCCUCUUCGUCACCUCUAACAACAUUAAAGAAUUCGAGAUUGAUUACACCGGUGUGGACCUUGACAGUCCGUGCUACAGCUGUGCCAAGAACUUCAGCUGGAAUAGCACAACGCCGUGUGUCUGCACGGUGGACUUCACGUUGGAGCAGCCAUUUGAGAGCAAUGUCUACAUGUACUACGGUUUAUCCAACUUCUAUCAGAACCACAGGCGCUACGUAAAGUCCAGGGAUGACAGCCAGUUGUAUGGUGACCCGUCGUCUUUGAAGGAACCGAGCAAAGAAUGUGAGCCGUAUCGUACAAGUGAUGGACUGCCCAUUGCUCCGUGUGGGGCGAUAGCUAACAGCCUGUUCAAUGACACUCUGGAUCUGUAUCAUAUUGAGUCCAACGGCACCGUGAAUGUCAUUCCGCUGGUAAACCGGGGCAUCGCAUGGUGGACAGACAAGCAUGUGAAAUUCAGGAAUCCCGGUGGAAACGACAACAACCUCACAGUAGCUUUCCAAGACACGGCUAAGCCAGUGAACUGGAGGAAACCAGUGUAUGAGUUGGACCCAACGGAUCUGGAAAACAACGGCUUUGUCAACGAGGACUUCAUCGUGUGGAUGCGCACAGCUGCUCUGCCGACCUUUCGCAAACUCUACCGCAUCAUCCAUAAGAAGUCGAGCACAACCCCCACUCUACCCAGUGGCAGAUAUGUCUUGAACAUCACUUACAAUUACCCUGUCCUCAGCUUUGAUGGUCGCAAGCGAAUGAUCUUAAGCACCAUCUCCUGGAUGGGAGGAAAGAACCCCUUCCUGGGCAUCGCCUACAUCACCGUGGGCUCCAUCUGCUUCCUCCUCGGUGUCGUCCUGCUCAUCAUCCACCAUAAAUAUGACAACCGCAACAACAGCGCAGACAUUCCAAGCUAAACACUCCGUCUCAUGAUUGCUAGUCUCUGCAUGUAUGAGUGACCGUCCCAGACUGAUUGUUGAUUUUAGCAUGAAUACACUGGUCUCUGUAAAUGUCUGUCUCGUGUUUGUGGAAGAAGGGCAGCGCUGUUAAGUGUCGAAUCAAAAGCUAUGUAUAUAUAUGUUGGACAUGUGAAGUAAACGGCUUGUUACAGUCCCGUGUCUCUGCAUACAACUUGGCUCGAUUGUCAUUGUCUGUCUUCCUUUUUAUUUUUUACAUCUAUUUAUCAAUACAUUGUCAGAAGAAUGUUGUGUUUAUUGAGCACUGCUUUGCAAAAAGGCUUAAUUGUUGAAGGGUGUAUGUAUUUUAAAGUCGGUUUUCACCAUCAUAUUUACUGCUUUAUGUCCUGCUGAUGAAUGUACUGUUAUAUUCCACUGACAUACCUCUGGUUUUUGACAUGGCCCUGAAAAAGGGACAGGAUAAACUUUGCUAGCAUGCUGGUGAUUGAUAUGCUCGUAUAAGUAUUUUACUCACGGAGAAAAAAUUUGGUAUUCAUGACAAAUUGUAAAAGCCAGUCAUAAGGUGUCUGUAUUUAACUGUUGACAGUAUCCCUACAAUCUAGUGCUCAUGAAUGAACAUAACCCAGGACCACUAUAUCCAGUAUUCUUCACGGAGACGCAUCACGCAGACUGGAGCACGCUUGUGUUUUAAGUGUUGGAUUAAAACGCAUUCCUUGCUGUUUACCAAAUGAUACUGAAUGCACUUUAAUAGUGUCACAUUUGUGAGGUGUCCCCCCGUUAAGUUCAUGUUAAUGAGCGGUUAAUGGUUUCAAUUUGAAUUUUUGUCUCGUUUAUUUUUGGUCCAAUUAAACAACUUUGUCAAUGCA